AUUAGGGCUGGUUACUGUUGGAUUAGUUGUUAGGGCUUUAAGUACUGUUAGGGUUAAGCACGUAACCGGGUCGAAUAUUUCCCGAACAUUCUGAUCCAUUCUCAUACGGGUAUUGUGUUGUAUGUACCCUUCUCUCUCUUUUCUAACUCUAUUUCUUCUUUCUCCUUCUCUCCCACCAUUCUCUGCAACACAAUCCCUAUACUUUCUUCACACCAUUACCAAAAAAAAAAAAUCAAUAGCUAAAAACACAUAUAUAUUCAUAUAAAAAAAAUCAACAAUAAUCAUAAUUCCAUCAUCAUUAUUAUCAUUAUCAAUAAAAUUAAUUACACGUUGUGAUUCUGAGUAAUCCUAAUCUCUGUGUCGCCUCGCCGCCGAUACGAUACUCAUAUUCAAUGGAUAAUCAACCGAUUCAAAAUCAAGUUCAACCGCCACGUGACGAAGAAGAAGAAGAAGAGGAGGAAGAAGAUUCUUUGAAGAUGGAAGAAGAAGAGUUGAUUUCUAAGGUUAACAAACUCAUGGAUAAAAUCACUUCUUCUCCCGAUAACCCUAAACCUAAUGUUCUUCAUGCUCUUGCUUCAAUUCUCGAAACUCAAGAAUCAAAAUACAUGGAUGAGAAUGCUCAUUCUUCUUCCACUAAUGCUCGUGCUGCCCAUAACAUUGGUCGCCUAGGGAGUAUGCUUCGGGAGAACGAUGAUUUCUUCGAGUUAAUAUCUUUGAAGUUUCUGUCAGAAAGUGGAUACUCGACUUCGGUUAGAGCUGCUGCUGUUAGACUUCUCUUAUGCUGUUCUCUAACUUGGAUUUAUCCUCAUGUUUUUGAAGAACCGGUCCUUGAGAACUUGAGAAAUUGGGCGACAGAUGAUAAUACUAAGUUGUCUGCUGUGGAGAAAAAUCCAAAGCAGGGUCCCGAGAGAAAGGAGGCCUCAGAAUCUGAAAUGUUGAAAGCAUAUUCUACUGGACUGCUUGCCGUGUGUUUGAUUGGGGGAGGUCAAAUAGUGGAAGAUGUAUUGACAACUGGCUUGUCAGCUAAGCUCAUGCGUUAUCUUCGUUUGCGCGUGCUGGGUGAGACAAGUGGCAGCCAGAAAGAUAUUAGUCAUUUAUCAGAGAACAAACAUUCAUCUGGGAAUAAUUCUGUGAGAGGUAGAGAAGAUGGCCGUGGAAGGUUUCGCCAGCUCCUGGAAUCAAGUCAUUUCGAUGAUACAAGAAUGGUUGAAGAAGGAUCUUUAGAUGACCAAGCUCCUGAACGGGGUCAGGAAGAUCAUUGGAUAGAUGGUGAACCACCUGAUGGACUCGGCGAGAGUGCUGAUGUCUGUGAGGUUGAUUCUGAUGGGGAGGAAAGAUGGCACUGUAGAGAUAUUCGUGAUGGAAGGAUAAAAUAUGGCGAGCAUGAAGACAGUGCUAGAGACGAAUCUUCAAAGCGGCGUACUAACCGUGGUUGGGGAAGAUCUAGGGGAAAAGGAAGGGUCAAUGAAGGGCCAGUAGAAGGUGAACCCGUUUUGUCAUCUGCUGGUUCUGCCAGUCGAUUAGGACAGGGGCGGAGUGUUAGAGAUAGGAGCUCGUUGAGGAAUUCUGAAGUUAAGCGGGUACCUGAUUCUAAGAAGACUCUUACCAGUACCAUUUCGGAGGCUUUGAUUUCCGAAAGAGAGGAUAACGAUGAUUGUUUCCAAGAGUGCCGUAUUGGAAGUAAAGAUAUCUCAGAUCUUGUUCGGAAAGCAGUCCAAGCUGCUGAAGCUGAAGCUAGAUCAGCCAAGGCACCUGAAGAAGCUGUUAAAGCAGCUGGUGAUGCUGCUGCUGACCUUGUUAAAACUGCAGCUUCAGAGGAAUAUAAAUCCACCAAUGAUGAAGAAGCGGCUGUUUUAGCUGCUUCGAGAGCUGCCUCAACUGUUAUCGAUGCUGCAUCUGCUGUUGAAGUUUCAAGGAGCUCUGGCUGCAUCAAUACUGAGACAGAGAAUGUUAGUGGCAGAGAAACAGAAUCUAGUGAGGAUGUUGAAGAUUAUUUCAUCCCAGACACUCCAACACUUACACAAUUGAGGGAAAAAUAUUGCAUUCAGUGUCUUUCGUUACUUGGAGAAUAUGUUGAAGUUCUUGGACCUGUAUUGCAUGAGAAGGGGGUUGAUGUUUGUCUUGGACUUCUGCAGCAAAAUUCUAAACAUCAGGAGCCAUCCAAGGUUGCUUUCGUGUUGCCUGAUGUCAUGAAGCUGAUAUGUGCUUUGGCUGCCCAUAGGAAAUUUGCUGCACUAUUUGUGGACCGCGGGGGAAUGCAAAAGCUUCUUGCUGUACCUAGAAUGGCUCAAACAUUCUUUGGUCUUUCUUCUUGUCUGUUUACUAUUGGUUCCCUACAGGGUAUAAUGGAACGGGUUUGUGCUCUUCCAUCCGAUGUCAUUUAUCAUGUGGUUGAGUUGGCUCUCCAACUCAUUGAGUGCAAUCAAGACCUAGCCCGGAAGAAUGCAGCAUUGUUUUUUGCUGCCGCAUUUGUCUUCAGAGCAGUUCUCGAUGCUUUUGACUCUCAGAAUGGGUUACAGAAAUUACUGGGCCUUCUCAAUGAAGCUGCUUCCAUAAGAUCAGGAGUAACUUCUGGAGCCUUGGGCUCAUCUAACUCAGGGUCUCUUCGAAAUGAUAGAACUUCAUCUGCAGAAGGGCUGACAUCAUCUGAGAAGCAGGUCGCCUAUCACACUUGUGUUGCUCUGCGGCAAUAUUUCAGAGCACACCUCCUAUUAUUAAUAGAUUCUAUUCGUCCAAACAAAAGCAAUCGUAGUGCUGCUAGAAAUAUUCCAAGUACAAGGGCUGCUUACAAGCCACUAGAUAUUAGUAAUGAGGCAAUGGAUGCAGUAUUCCUACAAUUACAAAAAGAUCGAAAGCUUGGUCCUGCAUUUGUAAGAACAGGUUGGCGGGAAGUUGAAAAUUUCUUGGCGUCUAACGGGCAUAUUACUAUGUUGGAAUUGUGUCAGGCCCCACCUGUGGAGCGAUAUCUACAUGAUUUGCUUCAGUAUGCAUUGGGGGUUUUGCAAAUUGUUUCAUUGGUACCUAGCAGUCGUAAGAUGAUUGUAAAUGCAACAUUAAGCACCAAUCGUGCUGGUAUUGCUGUAAUUUUGGAUGCAGCAAAUAUUGUCAGUAGUCACGUGGACCCCGAGAUAAUUCAACCAGCAUUAAAUGUUUUAGUAAACCUUGUUUGCCCUCCUCCCUCAAUCAGCAAUAAACCACCUGUAGUGUCACAAGGCCAGCAAAUCUCUAAUGGGGCUCUCUCGGAGACUAGAGAUAGAAAUGCUGAACGUAAUAUCACAGAUCGAUCUGCUCAAGUCUCCGGCCAUAUUGAUCCCAGGGAGAGGAAUGGAGAGCCCAGUGCUGCUGCACUUACGACCCAAUCUGUGAAUGCUACUGCCCAGACUCCCGUUCCUUCUGCAAGUUCAGGCUUGGUUGGUGACCGAAGAAUAUCUUUGGGUGCAGGAGCACGCUGUGCCGGUCUGGCUACACAGCUGGAACAAGGAUAUCAUCAGGCAAGAGAGGCUGUCCGUAAUAAUAAUGGUAUAAAGGUUCUUCUGCAUCUCCUCCACCCGCGUAUAUAUUCACCUCCUGCUACUCUGGACUGUCUUCGUGCUCUAGCUUGUCGAGUCCUGCUUGGAUUGGCCAGAGAUGAUACUAUUGCUCAUAUAUUGACUAAACUUCAGGUUGGGAAAAGACUGUCAGAACUAAUUCGGGAUUCAGGCAGUACGACACUCGGAACAGAACAGGGUAGGUGGCAAGCUGAACUAUCCCAGGCUGCAAUUGAGUUAAUUGGGAUUGUGGCUAAUUUAGGGCGUGCAAGUACAUUAGUUGCCAGUGAUGCAGCUACACCUACAUUAAGGCGCAUAGAAAGGGCUGCUAUAGCUGCUGCCACUCCUAUUACUUACCCUUCAAGGGAACUCUUGCUCUUAAUUCAUGAACACUUACAGGCAUCUGGAUUGGGACAAACUGCUUCUUUAUUGCUUAAAGAGGCUCAGUUAAAUCCUUUGACAUCUUUACUUGCUCCAUCUUCUCUUGCACAACAACCCACAACACAGGAAGCUUCUUCAACACAAAUUCAGUGGCCUCUUGGUCGUACUCCUGGUGGGUUUCUCACUAGCAAAUUAAAGUCUAAUUCAAAGAACGAGGCUGCUUGCUGGAAAAGCGAUCCCGUCUCUUCAAAGAAAAAGUCACUAACUUUUUCACCAUCUUUUGGUUCCCAUACAAGACACCAAGUUGUUGAAUCUCGGCAGUCAUCAUCCAAGAAAUUGUUACGUACUGGGAAAGAGUCUUCAGAAACAAGUAUAAUAGAAGAUCCAUCUGAAUCUUCAGUGAAACAUAACGCUGAAACUCAGUUCAAGACUCCAAUCACCUUGCCGUCCAAACGAAAGUUGUCGGAUUUAAAGGAUAUAUCAAUGUUUUCAUCAUCUGCAAAGCGACUAAAUGUUGGGGAUCAGGGACUUCGCUCUCCUAUUUGCUCAAGUACAGUUCGUAAAAGCAGCCUUCAUACUGAUGCUAUUGGGCUUUUCACACCAAGUAAUCUGAGGAGUCAACAAGGUCGUUGUCCAGCUGACUAUGUGGAUGAGAAUCAGUACUGCAUCUCAAAUCUAGGUCAGAUGACACCAUCCUCCCAAGUAGUGAAUGACCUUCAGCCCAACAACCCUGAGCGCGUGACACUAGAUUCUCUAGUUGUUCAGUAUCUGAAACAUCAACAUCGCCAAUGCCCGGCCCCCAUUACCACCCUUCCUCCAAUAUCUCUUCUGCAUCCACAUGUUUGUCCUGAACCCAAGCGAAGCUUGGAUGCCCCCUCUAAUGUGACUGCCCGGCUUGGUACCCGUGAAUUUAAGUUUUCGUAUGGUGGAGUACAUGGUAAUCGCAAGGAUCGUCAAUUUGUUUUUAGUCGGUUUAGGCCGUGGCGCACUUAUCGGGAUGACGCCGGUGCGUUAUUGACGUGCAUUACAUUUGUUGGAGACUCUUCUCAUAUUGCUGUUGGUAGCCACACUGGAGAACUCAAAUUUUUUGAUUCCAACAACAAUAAUGUGGUGGAGAGCUUCACAGGUCACGAGGCUCCUCUGACCCUAGUUCAGUCUUUUGUUUCUGGCGAGACACAAUUGUUGCUUUCUUCAUGCUCUAAAGAUGUUAAGCUCUGGGAUGCAACAUCAAUAUUAGGUGGUCCCACACGUUCAUUUGAAGGGUGCAAGGCUGCCAGGUUUAGUAAUUCCGGAAAAUCAUUCGCUGCCUUGUCAUCAGAAUCUGCAGGACGGGAAAUCCUGUUAUAUGAUAUCCAAGAAGGCAAGUUAGAAAGAACAUUGUCAGAUACGCUCGCUACUUCUACAGGACGGGGUCAUGCUUAUUCUUUAAUCCACUUUAGCCCUGAUGAUGAAAGGCUACUUUAUAAUGGUGUCUUAUGGGACCCACGAAGGUCUGAGCCUGUUUAUCGCUUUGAUCAGUUCACUGAUUAUGGAGGUGGAGGCUUUCAUCCUGCUGGAAACGAGGUUAUUAUAAACUCUGAAGUCUGGGAUCUGCGCAAGUUCAGACUUCUACGUAGUGUAGCAUCAUUAGAUCAGACAGCAAUAACAUUCAAUGCUCGUGGUGAUGUUAUUUAUGCAAUGUUAAGGAGAAAUCUUGAGGAUGUAAUGUCAGCAGUGCACGCGCGCCGCGUUAAGCAUCCACUUUUUUCAGCUUUUCGCACAGUGGAUGCAAUAAAUUAUUCUGACAUUGCUACUAUCCCUGUGGAUCGUUGUGUUCUUGAUUUUGCAACUGAACCAACAGAUUCAUUUGUUGGUUUGAUUACCAUGGAUGAUCAAGGUGAGAUGUAUUCAUCAGCCAGAUCAUAUGAAAUUGGUCGGCGGCGGCCAACUGAUGAUGAUUCUGAUCCUGAUGAUGCCGAAAGCGAGGAGGAAGAUGAAGAUGACGACGACGAUGAUGAUGAAGAUCCUCUUUUAGGCCCUGGUUUUGGUGGGGAAAGCGAUAGUGAUGCUGAUGACAUGAGCAACGACGAUGAUGAUAGUGUAAGUGAUCCCGAUGAUGAUGAUGACGAUGGAGGUUUCAUGAUGAAUGGUUUAGACUCUGAAGGAAAUGGCUUGUUCGAUAUUAUGACCGAUGAUGAUGAUAGUCAAGGACUUGAUUCUGGAAGUAGUGAUGAUGAUGACUUUUAUGAUUGAUAAAUGUGAGAGGCUGUAAUUAUAAUCUCUUCAUUAUAUUCAUUUUUGGGCGAAAGGUAUUUUUUUCUUAAAAUUUUGUAGUUUUUCACAUUUAACUCUUCCAACUUAUCUGUGGUAUAAUCGAGAA